AUGACGGGCCCAUACUCUUGCAUCGGCAAGCCGCUCGCGCUCAUGAACAUCCGCACAACCAUUGCUCGGUUAAUCAUGACCUUUGAUAUCCAGUUCCCCAAGGGUGUGGAUGCAACACCUUUCGUGGACCACGCAGAAGAUCACUUUUCGCUUGGCAUUGAGCGAAUGCCAAUCGUGUUUACUAAGCGUCAGCUGUAG